AUGGCCGUGCUACAGCCUCGUGGCCGCCGCGAUUCUCGCGCAUCGGCCCUUUCUCGCCGCAAUUGGCUCGACCGAGACGAUCCGGUUGAGUACGUCGAGCAUGCCGUGAGCAGCUCGCCGGUCGAGCCCUCCAGCUAUGGUGGAUCACUACGAGUACCCGGUCGCUCGUUCUAUCGUCGAUCAGUCAAUACCCUCCAAGAUCCCGCCCACUAUGCUUCCGAUGGCGUUCGUGAACAAACUGCAGAACUGGCGACAUAUGGCCUCUCGCUGAACAAAAAUUCCCCGCAAGGCCGGACAAGCUUGCCGGUGAGCUUAGAUCUCUUCCAGGCACAGCAUUCCUCGCUCGUAUCGCACGAUGAUAGCACCGGCUCGCAUCUACUCACUGGGGAAGAACCUCUAGAGUCAAGUGCCUCCCCACAUGACCCCUCCCCUGCCUCUUCGGCCUUGACAGAGAUGAUCCGUCAGCCAGAGCCGGAAGCCCAGGACGAUGGCAAACCACCCGAUGACGAGCCACUACUGCCGUUGCCUACGAUCCAGGACGAACCAGAACCCCAGUCAGAACGGACCUCUCUCUUAUCGAAGAAACAGCCCAAGUCUCCUCGCCAGUAUGGAUCAGUUCCAGACGUUGAGAGCCAAGGUGGUCCCCCCAGCCGAUCCCCGCAUUUCUUCUCCACGGGCUACAGGAGGAUGGGUCGGUAUGCUCGUCUGCUUUCAAGCCCCAAGUCGUGGGAUCGACGUGCCAUCUGGAGAAGUGGCAUUGUGCAUCCUGUGAGCUUGCUACCGGCGGUCUUACUGGGCCUUCUCCUCAACAUUCUGGAUGCUUUGUCGUAUGGCAUGAUCCUCUUUCCUCUCGGUGAAUCCAUCUUCUCCGAUCUUGGCGCAGAUGGAAUAUCCAUGUUCUAUGUGAGCACCAUUAUCUCUCAAAUCGUCUUUUCGUGCGGUGGAUCGAUCUUCAAGGGUGGCAUUGGCAGCGAGAUGAUCGAAGUUGUCCCGUUCUUCCACCAAAUGGCUUUUGCCAUUAUGAACAGGGUUGGAGAAGACAACCCAAAGUCCGUCAUCGCGACAACUAUCCUGGCCUUCUCGGUCAGCUCGAUCCUAACCGGGCUGGUGUUCUUCUUGAUGGGUGUCUGCGGGCUGGGCUCGCUGAUCGGCUUCUUCCCACGUCACAUCCUCAUUGGUUGUAUCGGCGGCGUCGGCUAUUUCCUCCUGCAGACGGGCAUGGAGAAAUAUAACCUGAAAACCCUCGAAGCUCUUUUCCGUGCUGACACGGUUGCGCUCUGGACGAUACCCCUAGCUCUUGCAGCGGGCCUCCUUGUUUUAAAGCAUUUUGUUCGAUCUAAUUUCCUCGUUGGCAUUUACUUCAUCGCCGUUGCAGCACUUUUCUACAUCAUUGUGUUGAGCAUCGGAGUGUCCAUGGAAACGCUCCAUGUCAAGGGAUGGGCUUUCGAUGCACCGUCGUCCAACAACCCUUGGUAUCACUUCUACACGCUGUAUGACUUCUCGGCAGUGGACUGGACUGCUUUUGCCGAUACCCUUCCUGCAAUGUUUGCCCUCACAUUCUUUGGUGUCCUCCACGUGCCAAUUAACGUCCCUGCACUGGGCAUCUCGACGGGAGAGGACAACCUCAACGUUGACAGGGAGCUGAUGGCUCACGGAGUCACCAACGCCUUAUCAGGUUUCGCAGGCAGCAUACAAAAUUACCUCGUGUAUACAAACAGUCUUCUUUUCAUGGCAAGUGGUGGAACCUCUCGUCUGGCUGGUCUCAUGCUAGCGGCCGCUACAGCGGGAAUUAUGGUCAUAGGCCCUGUCAUCAUUGGGUACAUCCCAGUUAUGGUAGUGGGCGCUUUGAUCUUCUUGCUGGGCAUUGAGCUUCUGCAGGAAGCUUUGGUUGAUACGUGGGGAAAGCUAUCCCGGCUUGAGUAUCUGACGGUAAUUAUCAUUGUCAUCACCAUGGGCGCGUGGGACUUUGUAGCAGGAAUCCUAGUAGGAAUCAUUCUGGCCUGUGUUAACUAUGUGGUCCAGACGUCCCAGAAGUCCGCGAUCCGGGCAACCUUCUCCGGUGAGAUUUCUGGCUCAACCGUUCGACGACCCCCGAUUCAACAGCAAUUCUUGCACGAAGCUGGGCGUCAAACCCUUAUCAUGAAACUCAGUGGGUACCUCUUCUUUGGUACAAUUGUCAAUGUGGAGAAUACCAUGCGAGGCCUGAUUCAAGACGAGGCGUUCAACGAGCAGCCAAUCCGGUUCCUCAUUCUGGACUUCUCCCGUGUUUAUGGGUUGGAUUUCUCGGCCGCAGAAGCCUUCACUCGUAUCAAUCGUAUUCUUCAGAAGCGCAACGUUCAAACCACAAUCUCCGGUCUGAACAUCGAAGGCGACGUGGGCAAGAGUCUCCAAAACGUGGGCCUCUUCGAUACGGAGUCUCGUGUUCCAGUCUUUGAAGAUUUGAACUCCGCUCUGGAAUUCUGCGAGAACGAGUAUCUGAAGAUUUUCUACAGCCGUCAGGAAGCCCUUCGUACUGGACCCACUGAACCAACCCCAAGUAGCCAACUCCAAGUCCCAGUCCCAAUUCCAGCUCCUCCAGGUAGUCCAGCAGACACCAUGGUCAGUUCUCCACGCGGACAGUACCUGCAACGAGUCGCGACCAGCACGAUCCGCGAGCACGAAACCGCCAUGGCUGCUCCCGCCUGGUCGUCCAUGCGCCAGCCCCUCCCCCUCCUUCUCCAAACAUUCCAGGGCCUCUCGGCUCAAAACGAGGACUUCUGGUUCCCCGCAUGCGCCUACUUCUCACGUUGUGUCUACCCGGCCGGCACAACACUGUAUCACGAGGGUGACGUUCCACGAGCGUUCUACCUUCUCGAAUCGGGUAUGUUACGCUGCGAAUAUAACCUGCCUCAAGGCCGCUACUUUGAGCUUAUUGUGGCGGGACGGCCGUGCGGCGAACUGCCCUUCUUCAGUGAGACGCGUCGCACGGCGACCGUGAAGACGGAACACGACUGCGUUGCGUGGUGUCUCAGUGACGAGAAGUGGAAGCAGCUGCAAGAGGAUGAGCCUCGUGUUGCGCGUGAGCUCUUGACGGUUAGUCUGAAGCUUACUACCGAGCGGAUGGACAGUAUUACAUCGUGA